GCCGCACCAGUCAGAAGCUGAACGUCGGGCGGUCGGUACUCGCACAUCAUAUGCCACCGUAACUCACAAAGUUAUGUGAGCAUCGCUAUGAGUCUCGGUUUCACUAUUUACAUCGGGUCGUGGCUUUGUUGCUGCUUCCAGUAAGAGGGUGAACUAUGUAUCUCCCAAUGAGUCCUGAACUAGAUGUGAGGCAAUGGUUACAGCACUUGUCGUUGCGACCCAUUAUACCCGAAGCCUAGAAACGGGGAUCCCUUUGCACAAUAUCUGUCAUUCACCUAUAUCCGUCUCACAGGUGUUGUGCCUGAACACCUAGAGAUUUAGUGCUCCGUUUGUGCAAAUUCUCACGGAGAAGUACCUGCAAGUGUAUAUAAUUACCUGUGUCGCAGGUGUGCUCGAACUAUUGGGUAACAUGUAAGUUAUAGAGUAUGCUUCCGCUUCCGAGGUGCCCUAACAUCUUAGCCCAGGAUGGGGACAGUGAAAAACUGACAAGGCCAUAUUGGACGAGGCGGCGCCCAGGCCAAAGUGGGUCUAGACAAUAAAUUGACAGAAAUUGAGGUGAAAAGAAGAUCUAGGGAUGGCUGGAUCAAAGAAAUCCGAGAAGAAGGAGGAUGGAGAUGAGAAGUCGGCUUCGGAGAGGCUGAUGGUGACGGUGCGCGUCCGGCCACUCACUAGCGAUGAGCGGCUCAAGGGCUGUUACCGCAUCACCCAGGCUAUUGACAGCAAGAUGGUGACGCUGCAGGAACAGGAGACUAAUAAGAACGACCACCUCCGCCAGAAGAGGAAACAGGAAAAGGGGUUCGCCUACGACAGACUCUUCGGUGAGGAUUCGAACCAGAAGGAGGUGUACGAAGACACGACAAAGCCCCUGGUGAAUGACGUGGUCAACGGGUUCAGCGCCACGGUGUUCGCGUACGGGGCGACGGGCGCGGGCAAGACGUUCACCAUGGUGGGCACGCAAGACGAACCCGGCAUUAUGGUCAGGGCACUCAACGACCUCUUCCAGUCCCUCGGCGAAAAUGAGAGUAGGAAGACCAAGAUCACGAUGUCGUAUUUAGAGAUCUACAACGAGAACAUCCGGGAUCUGCUGCAACCGAGUGGCACACUGGAGCUACGUGAGGACGCCAAGACCGGCGUCAUCCAGGUGGCAGGACUCUCUGAGAAGACUAUCGUGUCUACCAAGGAGGUAAUGAAGCUAUUGACAAAGGGCAACAAAGAGAGGACCUGCGAACCUACUGCUGCCAACAAGACUUCCUCCCGUAGCCAUGCCCUCCUCCAGGUAAAUGUACGACGGUCAGAACUAAAGGGGGAGAGUGAGGAGAUUAAGCAAGGACGGCUGUUCAUGGUAGAUCUUGCUGGUUCAGAGCGUGCCAAACAAACUCAGAAUAAGGGCAAGCGACUACGGGAGGGAGCCCACAUCAACCGUUCACUCCUGGCCUUAGGGAACUGCAUCAAUGCCUUAGCUGAAGGACGUGCCAAGUAUGUUAACUACCGGGACUCUAAACUGACACGUCUUCUUAAGGAUGCACUGUCAGGAAACUGUCGGACAGUGAUGGUAGCACAUGUGUCUCCUUGUCAUCAGCACCGUGAAGAAACCCGCAACACUCUCAUAUAUGCUGACAGAGCAAAAAAUAUUUCAAAACAGGUGCGGUCUAAUGUGCUAGAUGUUUCAUAUCAUGUGUCACAAUACCAGACAAUCAUCAGUGAGUUAAAAGAGGAAAUUGAUCGCCUAAAGGGUAAAAUUAAUGAGGGUGUCACUGAACAGAGCACAGAGGGGCUCACACCGCAGGAGAUAGAGGAGGAACGACAGAAGAAUGCUGAGAAACUCAAGAGGCUGAAGAAUGAACUGCUCGACUAUUUCCGUGAACAGAUGUCACUUAGAAAUAAGCUUAUGGAUAUUGACAGCAACAUAUUAGCGUUAUCUAUGGAAUUUGAGAGACAGAACCUAGUUGUGAAUGAAUGGGAAACUGAGAAGGCAAGACGAGCCAGAGGUCGCUCAGAGCCAAUGGAAGGGCCUGAUGGUGAGGAAAUAAUUGACAUGGACACUGAUAAAGAAAGAGAUGAUGACAGUGAUGAUGAUGAGCCAGAAGAAGUAUCCCAAGCAUGGGAGGACCUGAUGUAUCUGCAGAAGGAGCAACAGAGGUACACAGAGAUGCGGGAGAAGGUGGAACAGGAAAUGAUUGAGGUCAGGAAUCAAGCCAAGGAAAUGGAGGAGCUGUUAACAAAACGUAAAAGAUGCAGAAAGCGAUUGAAACGUUGCCGAAAGCUCCUCAAAAAAUGGCAUGAGGCACUGCCAAACUCCAUCACCACAGAUGAGCAGCGGGAACUUCUUGCCCUACUCUGCAAGGUGCAUGAGUUAGAGAUCCAGAAGGUAGAGAUGCAGAGUGAAGCAUUACUGAAGGAGCAUGAGCUGCGCCGCAGAGAUCUUGUCAUCAUGCGGUAUGACCGUCAACGCUCUGUGUGUGAUGAGAUCAUUACUCGUCAGCGACAAAUGAUUGAAGCCAUGCAUGAUGGUCAAGGUAAGCGUGGCAUGAGGGUGCAGUCAUGGAGGAUGGAGCUCAACCACAACAUGCCACCAGAAUUGCAGGAGCUGUAUUCUCUUUACCAAAUGGAGAUUCAGUACAGUAAUAGUGACAGAGAUGUGAAGUACCUCAAUGAUGUCAACCAAAUGCUCAGAUCACCAUCAGUGUUGUCUAUCAGAGGAUCAUCCUUUGAUAAACUCCCACCCAUCAACAAAGAACCAGAGAGACUUUUUGACAAGCCUCCACGACGGCAUAGCUUUGGAGAUGUGCGCCGUCCUGAAAGUGUCCUGAGUCUUCGUAGCCCAAUUAGCUCAGCAUCGUCCUCUGCUCCUGGUACAGCUCCUGGAUCACGUGUGCCCUCCCUGCCACCUAUCUCUGGUGCUACAGCCUCCAACUCCCAAGAAACAGAUUCAAAUGAUAUGCGACAUGGCCUGAAGAACAUCAAUGCCAUCGUAGCCAGGCGUCGUGGGUCAAAAGGGUUGAGUCAUGGGGAUCGAAAUGCCUCAAAUGAUGCUCUGGAUGAAUUCACAGAUCCUGAUUCUCCUGGUCUACCCAAAAAUUUUCGAAGAAA